GUUGGUAACCAUGGCAACAGCAGCUCUAACAGUCACUGCAUCACCUUCUUCCACAGUUCUCAUCUUACCUGAAAGCAGUUACUGCUUAUUCAAUAACACAGCAUCUAUAAGUACCCAAACCUGUUCAAAAGUUCAAUAUUUUUUACAUUUGCAUAAUUGUAAGAAAUAAGAUGGCAAGCAAGAAGAAAGAAAUUCAGCUACAGGCAGUAGUAACCAAUCAAGCGCAAUGGGAGGAGAUGUUGCUGAAUAAAGGUCUAACAGUGGUAGAUGUUUAUCAAGGUUGGUGUGGACCUUGUAAAGCAGUGAUGAGUUUAUUCAGAAAACUUAAAAAUGAAUAUGGUGAAGAUAAUCUCCUACAUUUUGCAGUGGCAGAAGUUGAGAACAUUGUGCCUCUGCUUCCAUUUAAAGACAAAUGUGAACCUAAAUUUAUCUUCUGUCUGAACGGUGUGAUGGUAGAUCUGGUGAAAGGUGCUAAUGGACCUCUUCUAAAUAGAAAAGUUAUAGCGUUCAUAGAACAAGAAAGAAAAAUUAUAGCAGGAGAAAUACUCAGGCCAGAGUUACAGGAACUUGUAAUAAUGGAAGAAAAAGAAUUUGAGGAAGAACCCGAAGAAGAAGAAGCUGUUGAAAAAUACACUGUUGUUAUUAUAAAGCCUGAUGCAGUUGCUCUUGAAAAAGUUGACAAAAUUAAAGAAACAAUUGUUGGAGCUGGCUUUAAUAUUAUGGCAGAAGAGGAGAAGACAUUAACUGAAGAACAAAUUAGGGACUUUUACCAAAGCAAAUCGGAAGAGCCUGAUUUUGAAGACUUUGUUACAUUUAUGUUGUCUGCACCAAGCCAUAUUCUGAUAGUCUCUGAAGGAAAACAAUCACAGCAUGUUAUGCCUUAUUUACAAACAUUGGAAGAAGAGGGUGAAGAAGACAAGGAGUGGGAAAUGCAAGAAGGUGAAGAAGCUAUGCAUGGAAUGCAGAAAAUGCACGAAAAACCAGGCUUGAAAGGAGCCUUGGAAAAUCACGAGUUACUAAAUGUAUGUGAUAUUCAGGACAGUGUGGAAGAAGCAAGUAGACAACUUGCCUUCUUUUUUCCUAAUUUUGCCAAAUCGAAGAAAGGCCCAGAUAUUGAAAGAACAUUGGCUUUGAUUAGACCUGCCCUUUUAAGAGAAAGAAGAGACUCUAUUCUGAAGAGGAUUGCAGAAGAUGGCUUUGAAAUAGCAAUGCAAAGGGAAAUAGUCCUAACAGAAGCUCAAGCACGCUUGUUUUACAAAGAGCAUGAAAAUGAAGAUUAUUUCCCAAUUCUGCUAGAAGAAAUGACCAGUGGGCCAACUCUUGCACUUGCUCUGGUACAAGAACGUGCAAUACAAAAAUGGAGAAGCUUGCUGGGCCCAAAGAUAGUUGAGGAAGCAAAGGAACAAUGCCCAAUGAGUUUACGUGCGGAGUUUGCAGUUGAUAAUGCGCCAAUCAAUCAGUUGCAUGGCAGCACAACUCCUGACCAAGCACAAAGGGAAUUAGAAUUCUUUUUCCCUGUGGAAAACACUUUGGCUGUCAUUAAACCCACUGCUCUUGAAGAACAUAAAGAUGAAAUAAUAAAUAAAGUAAAACAGGCUGGAUUUAUCAUUUCUGAAAUGAAAGAAACACAGAUAACACCUGAGAUGGCAGCACAGUUUUAUAAAGCUCAAGAAAAUCAACCAUUUUUUGGUCAACUUGUAGAUUAUAUGUCAAAUGGUCCAUCCAUGGUAAUGAUUCUCACCAAAGAAAAUGCUGUAGAAGACUGGCGAAAAUUAAUGGGACCCACUGAUCCAGAGAAGGCAAAAGAAACUAAUCCGGAUUCAUUGCGGGCUCAGUUUGCAAAAGAUAUUCUGCGCAAUGCUGUUCAUGGGUCAUCAAAUGAAGAACAGGCUAAAACAGCCAUUGAUUUUGUUUUUGGUGAUGUUGAUUUGGAGAGCUUGAAGCAGAAAUAUGUUUAUGUAUAAUAAUCUUUCAAAAGAUAGUUAUUUUGAAGUAAACAGAGUUCCCUGCAACAUAGUAUGUUUCUAAUAAAUACUGUUGCUUUUGGAUUGUGCAA